GGCGCCCAUAUUUCCCAUUCUUAUUCAACUUGGAGCGUUGUAUGGGGUUGUAGGUGUUUUUCUUGUGAAUUUUCCAAUUUUUUACCAUCUGAAUCAUGUCGGAUAGUGAGGAUAAUAUGUGGGAAAAUAAAGGGGCAGAGAGCGGUUCAGACGAGCCUUCUGAAAAAAGUGAGAAAGGGUCCGAGUCUGAAAAAAACAACUCGAGUGAUAGCGAAGCUGAAGAACCAAAACCAUCUAAGAGUAAGAAGAAGUCCAAGAAAAGGCAGGUGGACAGCGGGUCCGAGGAAGAAGAAAAAGAGCCCGAGCAAGAGGAGGAAUACGACGAGGAAGAAGAAGAGGAUGACUAUGACCGGCCUAACAAGAAGAAAAAGAAAGACCGGUAUGGAGGGUUCAUCAUCGAUGAGGCUGAAGUUGACUCUGACGUGGACGAAGAUGAUGAGUGGGAAGAAGGGGCCGAACCAGCAGGCUUUGUUGGAAACGACGAUGAACUGGGCCCUACCGCCAGAGAAAUUGAAGGCCGGCGUCGUGGUCACAAUAUUUGGGAUUCACAUAAAGAAGAUGAAUUGGAAGAGUAUUUGCGUAACAAGUAUGCUGAUGAGGGAGCUGUUGCAAGGCAUUUUGGAGAUGGUGGUGAAGAAAUGUCCGAUGAAAUCACUCAACAAACUCUUCUUCCCGGUGUCAAGGACCCUAAUCUUUGGAUGGUCAAGUGCAGGAUGGGUGAAGAAAAAGGGACUUGUCUUCUGCUAAUGAGGAAAUUUGUGGCCUACUUGAGCACUGCAGAGCCUCUGCAGAUAAAAAGUGUUGUUGCUCCUGAAGGUGCAAAAGGCUAUAUUUACAUAGAGGCCUUCAAGCAGACACAUGUUAAGCAACUGAUUGCAAACGUUGGUAACUUACGUAUGGGCCAGUGGCAGCAACAGAUGGUUCCUAUCAAAGAAAUGACAGACGUGCUAAGAGUUGUGAGAGAACAGUCGGGUCUUAAGGCAAAGCAGUGGGUUCGCCUGAAGAGAGGAAUUUUCAAAGAUGACAUCGGUCAGGUCGAUUACGUAGACUUGGCACAGAAUACUGUCCAUCUAAAAUUGUUGCCUCGCAUUGAUUACACUAAACUAAGAGGCGCUCUACGAUCAUCACAGGCUGAUGCCAAUAAGAGAAAGAAGUUCCGACGACCAGCUGCAAAACUUUUUGACCCUGAAGCUGUCAGAGCAAUAGGAGGAGAAGUCACAAGAGACGGCGAUUUUCUCAUUUUUGAGAGCAACCGUUUUUCAAGAAAGGGUUUCUUGUACAAAAACUUUCCCAUGAGCGCAAUCCUUGCUGACGGAGUCAAGCCAACUCUUAGUGAAUUGGAGAAAUUUGAGGAGUCUCCUGAAGGUCUGGACAUUGAGCUUUCUGCAAAUGUGUCGGCCAAAGAGGAAGUGGGCCAUUCUUUUGCCACUGGUGAUGUGGUCGAAGUUUGUGAAGGCGAAUUGAUGCAUCUGCAAGGAAAAAUAGCCACCAUAGAGGGCAAUAAAAUCACUAUAUUGCCCAAGCACGACGAGCUCAUUGAGCCUCUGGAGUUCCAAGCUAGUGAGUUGAGGAAAUUCUUUAAACAAGGAGACCAUGUCAAAGUGUUGAAGGGAAGAUAUGAAGGAGACACUGGCCUCAUCAUUCGAGUUGAAGACAACAGGGUUGUACUCUUUUCCGACUUGACCAUGCACGAACUUGAGGUCCUUCCAAGGGACUUGCAGCUCUGCACAGACAUGGCUACUGGUGUCGACUCCCUGGGUCAAUUCCAGUGGGGAGAUCUUGUCAUGCUUGAUGCACAGACUGUUGGUGUAAUAGUUCGUCUGGAAAAAGAAAGUUUCCAGAUAUUGUCAAUGAGCGGCAAGCUUGUGGAAGCUAAACCACAGACACUUCAGAAGAAGCGAGAAAACCGUAAUGCACAGGCCCUCGACUUGGAACAGAACCCAAUCCAAGUCCGAGACAUCGUUAAGGUUGUGGAUGGUCCACAUGCCGGUCGUGAAGGAGAAAUCAAGCACUUGUAUCGAAACUGUGCUUUCUUGCAUUCUCGACUCUUUCUUGAAAACGGAGGCAUUUUUGUCUGCAAAACUAGACACGUACUUCUGGCAGGAGGUGGAAAGGCUGUGAGUGCUGCAACUGCAGCCUCCGGUGGAGCGAGUGGUUUCAUGUCUCCAAGAAUCAUGUCACCCCGAAUCACAUCUCCAGCUCAUCCCUCGAGUGGUGGCGGGGGUGGUAGAGGCGGCCGACGAGGUGGAGGAGCAGGAGGUGGCGGUGGCAACAUCCGUCGAGAUCGCCAGCUCAUUGGCACAACCAUCAAGAUAACAGGAGGGCCCUACAAAGGUAAUGUGGGCAUUGUCAAGGACGCCACCGAGUCAACUGCAAGAGUCGAGUUGCAUUCAACUUGCCAGACUAUAUCUGUCGACCGGAGUCACAUUGCUGGAGUCGGCGUGCCAACCAAGGAUGGCUCUUACACCACCUACAGCAGAACUCCAGUUGCUGCUCACUAUGGAGGGGGUGGAGCUGGUACCCCAAUGUACAGAGGAGAAGGCUCAAAGACACCUAUGCAUGGCAAUCAAACGCCUAUGUACGAUGUUGGGUCAAGGACUCCCCAUUACGGCAGCAUGACUCCUUCCCACGAUGGUUCCCGCACUCCUGGAACAGGAGCCUGGGACCCUACUGUGGUCAACACUCCUGCGCGUGUUGCUGACGACUCCUACGCCCUGGAUGACUCACCAUCGCCUGGUUACAAUCCCAGUACCCCUGGCUACAAUCCAGACACUCCUGCUGGCCCUUACACACCUCAGACGCCUGGAACUAUGUAUGGUUCGGACCACAGCUAUUCCCCCUACCAGUCGUCACCAUCACCUAGUGUUGGAUUCAGACCAACUCCAAGUCCUGGAGGUUAUGUUUCAACACCAAGCCCUCUAGGAGGAGGCUAUCAAGUCUCAGGAUCCCCGUCUGGCAGUGGACCCUAUGAGUCUCCAUCGCCCUCAAGCUACAGCCCCCUUGGCACAGCUUCAUCUCCAUACAAUCCCCAAACCCCUGGUGCAGGCAUGGAGCAUCUCACCCUGCAUGAGUGGCACACGACUGAUUUGGAAGUUCGCAUCAAGAGCACCCAUGACGACCCAGGCCUCAUUGGCCAAACUGGAGUAAUACGAGGCAUAUCUGGUGGCAUGUGCAGUGUGUUUCUGCCCGAGGAAGAUCGUGUCGUCAAUUUGCUCUCAGAGCAGCUCGAGCCUGUGGUCCCUCAACGUGGAGACCAAGUUAAGGUCAUUCUUGGAGAGGAUAGGGAGGCUGUAGGAACUUUGCUUUCUAUUGACAACAACGAGGGUGUCGUGAAACUUGGCCCCGAUGACGUAAAAAUGCUUCAACUCAGAUUCUUGUGCAAAAUGAAAUCCAUGUAAUAGUAUAAUGGAUUAUUUUAAAAGGAAAUCAUGUAAAUUUCAAAUCUCUUAUUCCAAACUGGCGUUUCUCUGUCCCACAUAUGAUCAUUUGGUAUUAAAAUUUCUGUUUCACCAUAUUUAUGCAAAUGCAUACUUAAUUCACAGUUUGUGUCAAAUACAUUAAAUUAAUUUGUCUGUUGAAUUUAGAUAGUAAAUUUAUAAUCCUAAGAUCGACGAAAAUACUUCAAGUUUCAGUUGUAUGCAUACUUCAAAACUUUAUUU